AGCUGCGAGAAGACGUGAAAAAGCUUUGCUCAUCUUUCCGGAUUACUAAAUAAAAGCAUCAUGACGGAGAGUAGCCCUAAAAAGAGAGCAAUUUCCACCCUCGACCAGCUUAAAAACAUGACUGUUGUGGUCGCUGACACUGGAGAUUUUGCCGCGAUGGCAAAAUUUAAACCAACAGAUGCCACAACCAACCCCUCUCUGAUUUUGGCUGCUGCUAAUAUGGAGUCCUACCAAGGAUUGAUUACAGAAGCCAUUGAAUAUGCUAAGAGUGCUGGAGGAUCAAUUGAAGAGCAAGUCACAAAUGCGAUGGACAAAGUUUAUGUAAAUUUUGGAUGUGAAAUACUGAAAAUUAUCCCUGGUCGAGUAUCAACAGAAGUUGAUGCAAGGUUAUCGUUUGAUAAAGAGGGCUCCAUUGCCCGAGCCAGGAAGCUGAUAGAUCUAUACAAAAAGGCAGGAAUCUCCAAAGAAAGGAUACUAAUCAAACUCUCAUCAACCUGGGAGGGAGUGGAAGCUGCAAGGGUCUUGGAGAGUGAAUAUGGAAUCCAUUGUAAUAUGACAUUACUAUUCAAUUUUUAUCAGGCAGUAGCUUGUGCAGAAGCUAAGGUGACACUUAUUUCUCCGUUUGUGGGUAGAAUUUUUGAUUGGUAUGUCAAGAACACAGAUCAAAAGUCUUACAGCAUGUUAGAAGAUCCUGGUGUUAAAAGUGUGACAAAGAUUUACAAUUACUAUAAGAAGUAUGGUUACAACACAGUAGUGAUGGGUGCUUCCUUCAGAAAUACAGAUCAGAUACUGGGACUGGCAGGAUGUGAUCUUCUCACCAUAUCGCCCUCAUUGCUGGAUAAAUUGCAACAGUCAACAGAGGAAGUCAAGCCAUAUCUGUCAAAGAAACAAGCUCAGAAUUUGGACAUUGAGGAGGUCACAGUGGAUGAGAAUAAAUUCAGGUGGGAAAUGAACGAGGAUGCCAUGGCAACAGAGAAGCUUGCAGAGGGAAUCAGGAAGUUUGGAGCAGAUGCCAUUAAACUGGAAAACAUGCUGAAGGAAAAAUUACUUCAGUGAAGCACAUAUUAUCUCAAAACCUAUACGGAACUCUGUUUUGCUAUAUUAUUGUUGUUAGGAAUCUGCUAAUAUGCUGAUUUGGAGAGACUGCAACACAGUGUUCUAUUAUUUAUCAUUUACCAUACCUUUUUUGUCAUUUUUUUAUUUAUGAAAUGAAUUGUAAGUAGAUUAUCAUGUGAUUUCAAUAGACUGAGUUUUUAUAAUUAAUGAUAUAUAUAUUAAAAUGUUCAAUUAAUUUUAUGUUCUAUUUACUUUAGCCUAGGAGCUGCAUUCAGUUUUGACCUUACCUUUCACAGACUUUGAUGCAAAGUAAAGGAUAAAAGAUAUACAUCUAUUUAUUUGGGGAAAUAGUUUUGAGUGAUCUCUUUGUACUAAGAUAUUUUUAGAAAAUGCAAUUAAAUUAUAUAUAUUAUAAAAGAAUUUCAUAA